CAACACUCUGCAGACUCCACAUAACUGAAGUACUGAACAGCCACACCUUGGAGCUCUCAUCAAUGGCUGCUUUCUCUGCAACAUUCUCAAAGGCAUCAUUCACAUGCCUCUCGCCAUUCCCAAACACAGUAAGAACGAACCCUCUUCGUUUUUUGUCAGUUAGAGCCGUUAAAUCGGCAGAACCCGAUAAAGAGAAGGCAGCACAGACUAAAAGUGAAGACUCUGCUUCUUCAAAUGAUCAACCUGUUAUGAAGCCUCCCAAGAAACCAGUCUAUUCAAUGAAGAAGGGUCAGAUUGUGAGAGUGGACAAGGAGAAGUAUCUUAGCAGUGUAAAUUAUAUGUCCGUUGGACAUCCACCUUAUUACAAAGGCUUGGAUUACAUUUAUGAAGACCGUGGCGAGGUCUUGGAUAUUCGGAUAUUUGAGACAGGAGAGUAUGCACUUGUUGGUUGGGUUGGUAUUCCUACAGCUCCAGCUUGGCUUCCGACGGACAUGCUUAUAAAGUCGGAUAAGCUCGAUUACGAAAGAAUGUGAGGCAGGCAGGCUCUUAAAUCAUAAUACCACUCUUUUUGUUGACAAAGUUGUUGGAUUCUCUACACCCUCAGCACUUCUGUUUGAAAUUUUCAUCGGCAACUUCUGCCGGAAUCAAGAUUUAACUAGUUUACUUGUUUCCUGUAUGUAUUCAAACCAUUCAGUUGAAACUGCUAUUUCUAUCCAGGAAUAUGUGAUACUCUGAAUUACCAUUAUUGAGCUAAGUGUAUGUUUCCAUUUCUCAAUAUAAGAACUUUCAUACUUAUGCA